GGCGGGAGGCCGCCGCCACUGUUCAUGGCAACGCCGCAGCCUCGUCUUCCGCUGCCGCCCGAGGAGCCGCCGCCGCCGCCGCCACCAUAGACCGGGGAGGGAAGGAAGACGCUGCCGAUACCGGAUAAAAGCCUGGGCGGGGGCCGCGCGGGACGACGGGGUGGGCGUGCGGACCCACACGGGGACUUCGAGGGCGCGGGCUAGGAGAGGGGGAGCGGCGGCGGCAAACGGGUGCGGAGGGCGGAGAGGCCGGUUUAUUUUUAAAUUCUGCCUCCACUCGCUCGCUCGCGCGCUGGUUCCUCCGACUUGUUUAUUCCAUUUUCCUCUUCCUGAGACGGCGGUCGCCGCUGCGCGUGCGCAGAAGCGCGGUGGCUUGUGGGUAGCGGGAGCGCGAGAGGAAGCCUGGCCUGGCGUCGGGCCCCCGGGGCAUCCGCGAGCCGGCGGCGGUUGGCGUCCGCGGUGGCCUUCCCGGAGUCUGAUUCGGGUGGUGGAGUUCUCACGAGACGAAUACCUUCCUCUUUUGUAUAUCCUCCUACUUGUAAAGCCAGACGUCGUUUUUUAACUGAAAAGACAAAAUUAACCGAGUGUGAAGGGCCAUCUUGAGGGGCCGCACCUGGGGACGAAGCCCAAGCUCUCGCUCGGUUGGAAGAAUAGUUUCAUUCUGUGUGCCACAAUUCCUCUCCCUUUUUUUCCUCCUCCCAACUCUUUCCUUCCACUUGAAGGUGAUGAGAACUACAGGACUGAUUACCUUGAGUUCUGGGCCUUUUACAAAAAUCUGAACCAAAAAAGGUUGAUUUCGACAAGCCCCCUGCUCAGCGCCGCACCUGUUUUCUCUAUAUUUAUGUUACUGAAAGCCUCAGUAAAAUAUUAUGAAAAAUAAGAUGCCACCUGGGGACAACAUUGCCUAGGCAGCACUAGAAGGUUUCAUUUGUAAAUGUACUACGUUGCUUUUCUCCAGUCAGCCUAGACUUGAUUGGAGAUUAAUUUUUAAAAGAUAGUUUUUCCCUCAGCUGUCUCUGAUGUUUUGCUCUGCUAUAUUGAAAAAAAAAAAAAAGGUUUUCAGGAAUUUUAAAGAAUUGCCAUGAAGGGGAAUGUAGUUUUAACGUUUCAGUUUUUCUCGUCUGUAAAAGAUUUUCUCAAAAAGGCAGUGUCGCAGUUGUGAGGGGGCUUGUUUAUUGGCAGUAUCUAAGGAAUUGUGGCAAACCAGAGGUCACGGAAGAACGGAUAUAAGCAAGUGUACCACAUUGCAGAAAGGGAAAAGUGGACUCCAUAGACCACAACACUGUUGUUUUUUCAACAAUGAUAUUUGAGACUAUUACAAAUCAAGAUCUGCCUGUGAUCAAGUGUGUUUUAAUCAAUCACAAGAACAAUGACUCCUCAGUGGGGAUAUCAUCAUCAUAUCCCACGGUGUCAGAAUCCCCGGAAGACCUGGGAUGUGCCUUGCGGCCUGAGAGCACAGAGGCAGUCUACAAAGCAGCCACCGUGGAAGUGGCCACAUCUGCCUCCAUCACACUGCAAGUGCUGGUCAACACCCCUGGGAACAUUUCCUGUCUCUGGGUCUUUAAACACAGCUCCCUGAACUGCCAGCCACACUUUGAUUUACAAAACAGAGGAGUUGUUUCCAUGGUCAUUUUGAAAAUGACAGAAACCCAAGCUGGAGAAUACCUACUUUUUAUUCAGAGUGAAGCUGCCAAUUACACAAUAUUGUUUACAGUGAGUAUAAGAAAUACACUGCUUUACACAUUAAGGAGACCUUACUUUAGAAAAAUGGAGAAUCAGGACGCCCUGGUCUGCGUAUCUGAGAGCAUUCCAGAACCAAUCGUGGAAUGGGUGUUUUGCGAUUCACAGAGUGACAGCUGUAAAGGAGAGAGUCCAGCUGUUGUUAGAAAGGAGGAAAGCGUACUUCAUGAAUUAUUUGGAACAGACAUAAGGUGCUGUGCAAGAAAUGAGCUGGGCAGGGAAUGCACCAAGCUCUUCACAAUAGAUCUAAAUCAAACUCCUCAGACCACACUGCCACAAUUAUUUCUUAAAGUAGGGGAACCCCUCUGGAUAAGAUGCAAAGCUGUUCACGUAAAUCAUGGAUUCGGGCUCACCUGGGAGCUGGAGCAUAGAGCACUGGAGGAGGGCAGCUACUUUGAGAUGAGCACCUAUUCCACAAACAGGACUAUGAUACGGAUUCUGUUUGCUUUUGUGUCAUCAGUGGGAAGAAACGACACUGGAUAUUACACUUGUUCCUCCUCGAAGCAUCCCAGUAAAUCAGCUUUGGUCACCAUCCUAGAAAAAGGAUUUAUAAAUGCUUCCAAAUCAAGUGAAAAUUAUGAAAUUGACCAGUAUGAAGAGUUUUGCUUUUCUGUCAGGUUUAAAGCAUACCCACAAAUCAGAUGUACGUGGACCUUCUCUCAAAAAUCAUUUCCUUGUGAGCAAACUGGCCUCGACGACGGGUACAGCAUAUCUAAGUUUUGCAACCACAAACACCAGCCAGGAGAAUAUGUAUUCCAUGCAGAAAAUGAUGACGCCCAGUUCACAAAAAUGUUCACACUGAAUAUAAGAAGGAAACCUCAAGUGCUAGCCGAGGCGUCAGCAAGUCAGGCUUCUUGCUCCUCCGAUGGAUACCCAUUACCAUCGUGGACCUGGAAGAAGUGCUCAGACAAGUCUCUGAACUGCACAGAAGAAAUCACAGAAGGAAUUUGGAAUAAAAAGGCUAACAGAAAAGUGUUUGGAAAGUGGGUCUCGAGCAGUACUCUCAACAUGAGUGAGGCCAUAAAAGGGUUCCUGGUGAAGUGCUGUGCAUACAAUUCCCUUGGCACAUCUUGUGAAACAAUCCUUUUAAACUCACCAGGCACCUUCCCUUUCAUCCAGGACAACAUCUUCUAUGCAACAAUUGGGAUUUGUCUUCCCUUCAUUGCCAUUUUAACCAUGCUGAUUUGUCACAAGUACAAAAAGCAAUUUAGGUAUGAAAGCCAGCUGCAAAUGGUACAGGUGACUGGUUCUUUGGAUAAUGAGUACUUCUACAUUGAUUUCAGAGAAUAUGAAUAUGAUCUCAAAUGGGAGUUUCCAAGAGAAAAUUUAGAAUUUGGGAAGGUGCUAGGAUCGGGUGCUUUUGGAAAAGUGAUGAAUGCAACAGCUUAUGGAAUUAGUAAAACAGGGGUGUCAAUCCAGGUUGCAGUCAAAAUGCUGAAAGAAAAAGCAGACAGUUCUGAAAGAGAGGCUCUCAUGUCUGAACUCAAAAUGAUGACUCACCUGGGAAACCAUGAGAAUAUUGUGAAUCUGCUGGGGGCAUGCACGCUGUCAGGACCAAUUUACUUGAUUUUUGAGUAUUGUUGCUAUGGUGAUCUUCUCAACUAUCUAAGAAGUAAAAGAGAAAAAUUUCACAGGACGUGGACGGAAAUUUUCAAGGAACACAAUUUCAGUUUUUACCCCACAUUCCAAUCACAUCCAAAUUCCAGUAUGCCUGGUUCAAGAGAAGUUCAGAUACACCAGGACUUGGAUCAUAUCUCAGGGUUCAAUGGGAAUUCAUUUCAAUCCGAAGAUGAAAUUGAAUAUGAAAACCAAAAAAGGCUGGAGGAAGAAGAGGACUUGAACGUGCUUACGUUUGAAGACCUUCUUUGCUUUGCAUACCAAGUUGCCAAAGGAAUGGAAUUUCUGGAAUUUAAGUCGUGUGUUCACAGAGACCUGGCAGCCAGGAAUGUGCUCGUGACCCACGGGAAGGUGGUGAAGAUAUGUGAUUUUGGACUGGCUCGAGAUAUUAUGAGUGAUUCCAACUACGUUAUCAGGGGCAAUGCCCGUUUGCCUGUGAAGUGGAUGGCUCCUGAAAGCUUAUUUGAAGGGAUCUACACAAUUAAGAGUGAUGUCUGGUCAUACGGAAUAUUACUCUGGGAAAUAUUCUCGCUUGGUGUCAAUCCUUACCCUGGUAUUCCUGUUGACGCUAACUUCUAUAAACUCAUUCAGAGUGGAUUUAAAAUGGAUCAGCCAUUUUAUGCUACAGAAGAAAUAUACUUUAUAAUGCAAUCCUGCUGGGCUUUUGACUCAAGGAAACGACCAUCCUUCCCUAAUCUGACUUCGUUUUUAGGCUGUCAGCUGGCAGAUGCAGAAGAAGCGAUGUAUCAGAACAUGGAUGGUCACGUUUCGGGACGUCCUUCUGUCUAUCAAAACAGGCGACCUUACAGCAGAGAGGUGGAUUCAGGGCUACCCUCUCCACAGGCUCACGUUGAAGAUUCGUAGAGAAACCAUUUAGUCUUAAGGACCCAACCCCCCUGCCCACCUUAAACAGGCUGUAGAUCACCAAAACGAGGUUAAUUUCAUCACUAAAAGGAAAUACAUUCUCAACUACUGCUUUGCUGGACUUUUCUCUAGAAGCUCUCUGUAUUUACUCUUGUUUUCAAAGGAACUUUUGUAAAAUCGAAUCAUCCUUUGCACAAGGCAGGGGGGAGCGGAUAACUAACUCUGCUGGAGCAUCUACCUACAUCCAAAGGCCGUCUCGGGCUGGCUUGAGUGAAAAUCGUGUACCUGAAGUAUAGUAUAUCCUUGUAAAUACGUAAAACAAGCAUUUUGCUAAGGAGAAGCUAAUAUGAUUUUUUAAAUCUAUGUUUUAAAAUAAUAUGUAACUUUUUCAGCUAUUUAGUGAUAUAUUUUAUGAAUGGAAAUAAAAUUUCUACUAUAGAAAUGUC